GCGAAAGGAAAAAAAGCACAGCGAAACAAAAGAAAAACGCGAAAAUGCUGGAAGGGCGGUUCUUUCCAUGGUUUGAGCCAGUAUUAGCGAUUUGGCAGCAGUUCCAUCAGAAACACCAGUGAUUUUGGGAGGCAAAAUGGAGGUUGACAAUGAAGAUGUAGAAAAACCACAGGAGAAGGCGGAUGGUGAAGAAGAAAUGUCAAUUGAAGAUGAAUACAAGAUGUGGAAGGAAAAUUCGUCUUUGAUGUAUAAAUACGUCAGUCAAACUGCUUUGACAUGGCCAUCGUUAUCAAUUCAGUGGUUACCAUCAAUUGAGAUAAACAAAGAAAACGAAACGAUAAAGACGCAGCUAAUAAUCGGAUCUGACACAUCCGGUAGUGAAGAUGAUUUUCUAAAAAUUGCUAGCAAAGAGCUUCCAUUGAGCAUAAUUGACGAUAAAUUGAAAAAUGAAACCACUUCUGGUUUUAAAAUAAACAAAAGAUUUAAGCACAAAACAGAGAUUAAUAGAGCGCGCUAUAUGCCCCAGAAUCCUCAAAUAAUAGCGACCAUCAGUGGAUCUGGUAAUUCUUAUAUCUAUGUUAAUUCAGCCAAAAAAUCUAAAAACAGAAAAUGUAUAUUAAGUUUAAAAUAUCACAAAAAGAAUGGGUUUGGAUUAUCAUGGAAUCCGAAUGAUGAGGGAAAACUAUUAACUUCAGCAGAUGAUUCCAAAAUUUGUCUUUGGGAUAUAAACUCCAAAAAUAUUUCAGUUGAAUUAAAUAAUACGCCAACUUCUUUGCAACCUUCAAAUGUUUUAAACGAUCACACCGAUAUUGUGAACGAUGUUAAAUGGCACAAUUUUAAUGAAAAUUUAUUUGGAUCAGUGUCUGAUGAUAAAAAUCUAUUUAUUUACGAUGUUAGGACAUUAUCUACAGGACCGGUUUUAAAAAAAACCAAUGCUCAUCAUAACGACGGUAUAAAUUCGUUAUCUUUUUCAAAUUUUUCAACCAAUUUACUUGCAACCGGAUCAUUGGAUUCCACUAUUGGCUUAUUUGAUUUAAGAAAUAUUGAAACAAAAUUACAUUUAAUGGUUGGACAUAAAAACGCGAUAACGUCAUUAGAAUGGUCUCCACACCAAGAUGGUUUUUUAGCCUCAGGAUCAGAAGAUCGUCGAGUAAUUAUAUGGGAUAUUUCUAAAAUUGGCGAAGAACAAAAUCAAGAUGAUGCAGACGAUGGUGCGCCUGAAUUGUUUAUGAUGCACGCAGGCCAUACAGCACUCGUCACAGAUAUAAGCUGGCAUCCCGAUAAAAGAUUGAAGUGGUUGCUAGCCAGUACGGCCAACGAUAACAUUAUUCAAUUGUGGAAAGUAAAAAACAAAAUCAGCGAUCCUGUUGAUGGAAUUGAGACGACUUUACCUGAUUCGUUUUUCGAGUGAAAAGAGAGGGUAACGUCGUAGUUUUUCAGUAUAAAAAGAGAAGAAACGAGAAGAAAAGACAAAGAAAGAGAGACAAGCAUUCUUUUCUUGAUCUAUGUUGUUGAUUUAAACCAACAACAGUGUAUUAGUGUAUUAAUAGAGUAACUAUAUAAAAAAAGAUAAAUAAAU